UUUCCGUUUUAGGAAGUCAACACGGCUUGUCCAAUAUGUCCAACGCAAUUUCGAUUCCUUUCCCAACUUCUUGUCUUUUUAUAAACACCUUUCAACUAAAUCACGAGUCCUUCUCAAAGAUCUUCAAUUGACAACGUCUACUGUUAGUGAAUAACAGAGCUUACAGUGUAUAACUCAGCCCAGAGAGACGCGUCUUUGAUCAUAAUGACCGACUCAAGAGAGACUUCUGAAGACGUUGAUAAUUCUGUCAAUUUCAAGGGCUUGAAUGAGAAGCAAAAGCACUACUUUGUUGAUCCAUCCAAGCCAAAGUUCAACGUUGAAGAGACUGCUAAGAGAUUCAAGUAUCUCUUAGGUUUGACUAGUUUAUUCUCCCAUUUCAUCAACUUCAAAGCUGAAAAGGAUCCCAAGUUCAAACAAGUUCUUGACAUCAUCGAGGGCGAGUCGUCAGACACAACAAAGAAGAAAUCGAAUGGCAACAAUAGAAGAAGAAAGACUGAGAAGGAGGAGGAUGCGGAGUUGUUGAGAGAUGAAGAGGAUGAAUCUUCAACGAUCUACGAGUUCACUGAAUCUCCCGGUUAUGUUCAAGGUACCUUGAGAGCAUAUCAAAUCCAGGGUUUAAACUGGCUGAUUUCACUGCACGAGAAUAACAUCUCUGGUAUCCUCGCAGAUGAGAUGGGUUUGGGUAAAACCCUACAGACCAUCUCGUUCUUGGGAUACCUGAGGUACAUUCGUGAUAUCAAAGGUCCUCACUUGGUUAUUGUUCCCAAAUCCACUUUGGAUAACUGGUCAAGAGAGUUCGCCAAAUGGACACCAGAAGUGAAUACUUUCAUCCUACAAGGUGAUAAAGAAACAAGAGCCAAUCUUAUCCAAGAUAAGCUCCUCGCUUGUGAUUUUGAUGUCUGUAUUACCUCAUACGAAAUCAUCAUCAGGGAGAAAGCUCAGUUCCGAAAGUUUGACUGGGAGUACAUCGUCAUCGAUGAGGCCCACAGAAUUAAGAACGAGGAGUCAAUGCUCUCACAGAUCAUCAGAAUGUUCCAUUCCAAGAACAGACUAUUGAUCACAGGUACACCACUACAAAACAACCUGCACGAAUUGUGGGCUCUUUUGAACUUCAUCCUUCCUGACGUGUUUGCUGAUUCUGAAGCAUUUGAUCAAUGGUUCCUCGCUUCAAAUGAAGGAACACCAGAUCCGUCCAUUCCAGAGGAUGACAGGGAAAAGUCAAAACAAGAUCAAGUCGUCCAACAGUUGCACAAGGUUCUUCAACCAUUCCUCUUGCGUCGUAUAAAGAAUGACGUUGAAAAAUCGUUGAAGCCUAAAAAGGAACUCAACCUAUACAUUGGAAUGUCUGACAUGCAACGCAAAUGGUACCAAUCUAUUUUAGAAAAGGACAUUGAUGCUGUGAAUGGUGCUAACGGUAAACGGGAGUCCAAGACUCGUCUGCUUAACAUUGUGAUGCAACUCAGAAAAUGUUGCAACCAUCCGUAUUUGUUCGAAGGUGCAGAGCCAGGUCCACCAUACACAACUGAUGAACAUUUGGUCUACAACUCCCAAAAACUCAAAGUCUUGGAUAAACUUUUGAAAAAGCUCAAAGCUGAAGGGUCUCGUGUAUUGAUCUUCUCCCAGAUGUCCCGUAUGCUUGAUAUUUUGGAGGAUUACUGCGUUUUCAGAGAUUAUAAAUACAACAGAAUCGAUGGUCAAACUGACCACGCUGAUCGUGUCAAAGCUAUCGAUGAGUACAACGCUCCAGACUCUGAUAAAUUCAUCUUUCUAUUGACCACACGUGCUGGUGGUUUGGGUAUUAACCUGACUUCUGCUGAUAUUGUUGUGCUGUACGAUUCUGAUUGGAAUCCUCAGGCUGACUUACAGGCCAUGGACCGUGCUCAUAGAAUUGGUCAGACAAAACAAGUGAAAGUUUUCAGACUUGUCACAGAGAAUGCCAUUGAAGAGAAGGUUUUGGAGAGAGCCACUCAAAAGCUUAGAUUGGAUCAGUUAGUCAUUCAACAGGGCCGUAACAAUGGUGGUGUACAGCCAGCACAGUCUUCAAAGGCUACAACUAAAGAUGACUUGCUCAACAUGAUUCAAUUCGGUGCUGCAGAUGUCUUCAAAUCCUCCGGCAAUGGUACCGAUGAUGAUUUCAAUCUUGAGGCAAUCUUGGAAAAGUCAGAAGAGAAAACCACUCAGUUGAGCGAGAGAUACUCUAAGUUAGGGUUAGAUGACUUGCAAAAGUUCUCCUCGGACUCUGCGUACGAAUGGAACGGUGAAGACUUCAAGAAGAAAGAUCAUUCUAAGAUUGCAGAGAUCACAUGGAUCAAUCCUGCAAAGAGAGAGCGCAAGGAGAACUAUUCGAUCGAUAUGUACUACAAGGAUGUUCUUAAUACUGGUGGAAGAACUACUCAAGAUAAGAGAUUGCCAAAGCAACCUAAACAGCCAAACAUUUUUGACCAUCAGUUCUACCCUAUCAAGCUUCAAGAGAUCUUUGAUAAAGAAACAGCCUAUUAUAGAAAGCAAAUUGGUUUCAAAGUCCCCCUGCCAGACGGACCUGCAUCGAAAUUAGCUGAGAGAGAAGCCCAGCAAAACUUGCAACAACUUGAGAUUAAAAACUCAAGACCUUUGACCGAGGAGGAGGAAGCAGAGAAAAACGAGCUUCUUGAGCAAGGUUUCUCCAAAUGGUCAAGAAGAGACUUCACUGCAUUUAUCCAGGCUUGUGCCAAAUAUGGCUGCAACUCGUUGACUGCGAUUUCCUCUGAAUUCCCAGAGAAGACUGUUGACGAUGUUCGUGAAUAUGCAAAGGCCUUUUGGAAGAACUACACGCAAAUCGAAGGGUACGAUCGUUACAUCUCACAGAUAGAGGCUGGUGAAGAUAAAAUCCGUAAAGCUCAUAUCCAGAAGGAGGCCUUGAGGUUAAAGUUAUCCCAGUACACCAAUCCUCUUCAAGAUUUAGUCCUGAAGUUUCCGCCUGCUACCACUAACAGGCGUACCUUUUCUGAGGAAGAAGAUAGAUACCUUCUUGUUCAGUGUUACCGUUAUGGCCUUGACCGUCCUGAUCUGUUUGAAAGAAUUAGAGAUAGCAUAAGACUAUCACCACUGUUCAGGUUUGAUUUUUUCUUCCAGAGCAGAACUCCUAGUGAGUUGAGCAGAAGGGCCAAUACCCUUCUGGCUUGUGUUGCGAGAGAGAUGGACUCUUCACUCAGCAAGAAGAGAAAAUCCACUACUCCUGCUGAAGACGAUGCACCACCAAAGAAGACUACAAAGGGCAAGUCUAAGAAAUGAACACUACGUUCAUUGUUCUAUUCUAGUAAUUAAAUAAUCGUAUUAAAAGU